UCCUAGUCCGGGGGUGGGAGGCCUGAGAGCUCCUUGGCUGAAAGGAGGAGAAACGGGUAGCGGGGAGGCAGCUCGGGGAAAGCCUGAAAGGCUGCGCAACCAGGGAAAGGAGUCGGGGUUCGCAAUUGGUGGGCGGCCAGGGAGCGCAUCUGAUAUGCUCCUGGGGUCGUGACCGCCCGGGACCGAAGCAGACCUGGUCGGACCCAGCUAGGAGGGCCUGGUCUUCCUCGGGCCUGGUCUCCAGCGGCCAGGUAGGCCUCACCAGAGGCCACUUUCCGGGCAGCCUCCGCCGGUUCCUGGCACGUUUCUUUGGGAGAUGGCCGCCCCCAGCCCCCCGCCCGAGCCAAAGGGGUUGCUGACAUUUGAGGAUGUGGCUGUGUUUUUUACCCAGGAGGAGUGGGGUUAUCUGGACCCAGCUCAGAGAAGCCUGUAUAAAGAUGUCAUGAUGGAGAAUUAUGGAAACCUGGUCUCACUGGAUGUUUUGAACAGAGAUCAGGACGAGGAACCAAUUGUGAAACAGGAAAUUGAGGAAGAAAUGGAACCACAGGGUGUUAUAGUUACAAGAAUCAAAAGUGAAAUUGACCAGGAUCCCAGGGGUAGAGAAACCUUUGAACUUGUUGGUAGGUUAGAUAAACAGAGAGGGAUCUUCUUAUGGGAAAUACCAAGGGAAUCUCUGAAUCAGGAACAAAGAACAUUCAGAGGAAACAUGAACGUUAUCCGUAAGAGACCAAACUCAGAAGAGAAAUGCCAUAAAUGUGAAGAAUGUGGAAAGGGUUUUGUUCGCAAAGCCCAUUUCAUUCAACAUCAAAGAGUCCAUACUGGUGAAAAACCUUUCCAAUGCAAUGAAUGUGGGAAAAGUUUUAGUCGCAGCUCAUUUGUUAUUGAACAUCAGAGAAUUCACACAGGGGAAAGGCCCUAUGAGUGUAACUACUGUGGAAAAACCUUUAGUGUGAGCUCAACCCUUAUUAGACAUCAGAGAAUCCACACUGGAGAGAGACCCUAUCAGUGUAAUCAGUGUAAACAAAGCUUCAGCCAGAGAAGGAGCCUUGUUAAACAUCAAAGAAUUCACACAGGUGAGAAGCCCCAUAAAUGUAGUGACUGUGGGAAAGCCUUCAGUUGGAAGUCACACCUUAUCGAACAUCAGAGAACUCACACUGGUGAGAAACCCUAUCAUUGUACCAAAUGUAAGAAAAGCUUUAGUCGAAACUCAUUGCUUGUUGAACAUCAGAGAAUUCACACUGGGGAAAGACCACAUAAAUGUGGUGAAUGUGGGAAAGCCUUUAGAUUAAGUACAUACCUUAUACAACACCAAAAAAUCCACACUGGUGAGAAGCCUUUUCUUUGUAUUGAAUGUGGAAAAAGCUUUAGUCGGAGCUCAUUCCUUAUUGAACAUCAGAGGAUCCAUACAGGUGAAAGACCUUAUCAGUGCAAAGAGUGUGGGAAAAGCUUCAGUCAACUUUGCAACCUUACCCGUCAUCAGAGAAUUCACACGGGAGACAAACCCCAUAAAUGUGAGGAGUGUGGGAAAGCCUUUAGUAGAAGCUCAGGCCUUAUUCAGCAUCAGAGAAUCCACACCAGGGAGAAGACCUAUCCAUACAAUGAGACUAAGGAUAGUUUUGAUCCAAAUUGCAGCCUUGUUAUACAGCAGGAGGUUUACCCUAAGGAGAAAUCUUAUAAAUGUGAGGAAUGUGGGAAAACUUUUAGUGUUAGUGCUCAUCUUGUACAACAUCAAAGAAUCCACACUGGUGAAAAGCCCUACCUGUGUACUGUAUGUGGGAAAAGCUUCAGUCGGAGCUCUUUUCUCAUUGAACAUCAGAGAAUCCACACUGGUGAGAGACCCUAUCUGUGCAGACAGUGCGGCAAAAGCUUCAGUCAACUUUGUAAUCUUAUUCGACAUCAAGGUGUGCACACAGGGAAUAAACCCCAUAAAUGUGAUGAAUGCGGGAAGGCCUUUAGCCGGAACUCAGGUCUUAUUCAACAUCAGAGAAUACACACAGGAGAAAAACCUUAUAAGUGUGAGAAGUGCGACAAAAGUUUCAGUCAGCAGCGCAGCCUUGUCAACCAUCAGAAGAUCCAUGCAGAGGUGAAAAUCCAAGAAACCCAUGAAUGUGAUGCUUGUGGUGAAGCCUUCAAUUGCCACAUAUCUCUUAUUCAGCAUCAAAAAUUGCACACUGCAUGGAUGCAGUAAAUAUAGAGAAAUAUUAAAGCCCCAUUUGAUUUGAGACUAGCUACCCAAGUGCAGUUUCAGUAUGGCUCAACAUGAGUCAGAUUUAGUGAUAAAUAAAGCAAAUUCUCCUUGGCCUCAGGCGUCAGUUUCCAAAAAUUCUGUGAAUGGUGAACAACUGUCCAUAGGUAAUUGCAGACUUCCAUUACUUUUUGUUUUGAAUAUCAUAAAGACUCAGGUAGUAAUGAAUCUAGAAGUCUCUUUAACAAAUCUUUUGAGCAGAAAAGUUAAACCCAGGUUCAGAGUGCUUGAUAAAAAGGAAAAGGACAAAGUUCAGUUGGCAUAAGGUUGCUGGAAGGAGCUGAGAAUAAUGAUUCAGAGUCCUCUGCCACCACUAUAUGGUGGUUAUUUCAGUUCCUUGAUAAAUUUGGCUGUGCAUGCCAAAGUCCAGUGAUUAAGCAUAUGAUGAUGUUUUCAAAGAAACAGUCUAGGUGUUUUACCAGAAAUUGGUAUCCAAACUUUUUGUCAUUGUUUAAGAAAGCCACAUGUUAUGAAAGGUAAUUUUGGUGCCUUGUGGUUCCCAGAUCUAUGUAAUGAGUGGACCAUUAACUUUACAUAUAAAGGUGUUACCAAGGAACCUUUGGGAGUGCCUUUUUUUCAAUAUAGGCCCGAAAAGAUGGAGGAGAAGACAUUUUUUUUUGUGCUCUCCCAUAUGUGAAAAAUAUUUGUAGUCCUAUACAAAUAAUCUUAUUCCUCCACUAAGAGCAUGUGAUAGUGUACAUAUUUUGGUUACCAAGGGUUGGAAAUAAAAAGGCCUGGAGUCUGCUAGGAAACUAAGUUUGUUUUUGGUAUUGCUUUGGUUAUUAUGGUAACUAGAUUUUGCAUGCAAUUUUAAAUUCCUUAUUUCUGGUUCUAGGGCUUCCCUUAGUAAAUGGUUAUUAUAAAUUGACUAAUUCAUCUCUGUUUUAAUCAUUAAAACCUGUUUUGUUUUUUGCUUUUGUGUGAGAGUUCUUUGCUGCUGUAGUGUAAAAUCUUUCCUACUGUCAAAUAUAUUAUUGCUGUUUUAAAAUUAGAAUCAAGAAUCUAAAGGAAAUUGAUCUCACUUGUUCUGCCUGUGGCUGGUUAGCUUUACUUGAGUAGCUCAUUUACAGUUUAAGUCCAUGCUUUUUAGUUUCUAAGUAUAAAAUUCCAAAUCUUCAAGAACUCUGUAAUUUUAAUUUCCUAAUAGUUUGAGCAAAUGACCUCCCCUUCUAUAGCCCCAGACAUUCUAAAAAUCACCUCCAGAUUUUUAUUUUCCCAUCUGAAUAUUUAUGGUGAGUGUGUGUGUGGUAUAAUACAUAUAAAUAAUUGGAUGAUAUGGUAUAUGUGUAGAAAUAUACCUAUACUUGCAUGCUUCUUUAUAUUCAAAUUAUACUACUCAUAGUUACUAUACACUUAACAUUUCAUAACAGUUUGUAGCCCAAUGAAAAGUACAAAAAAUAAAAUCGCACCUGGUUCCUCAAUAAAAUUAUCCUCCUGCCCUGAA